UUUUUGUUGACUUUUUUUUUUUCCUUUUUUUUGCUUGAACUUUUCAUAUCUGGAGUUGAAUCAAAGGUUGGAGACGAAUCUGCAAUGGAGAAUCCGAAGUCCACCAGAUUCAGCUCCAAACAGAGCGUUACUUGUUUUGCCUCACAAUCUCCAUGCUCUACCUAAUCCCUGCCAAACCCAUUGGAUUCUUUCUUUGUCUUCUUUGCUAUCAAUGAACAAUUUGCCAUCUAAUGGCGGCCGGAUCCUUGAAGAGGAGGCAGUCUAAGCGAUCGAACUCCAAGCCCCCUGCAGCCAUGGCUUCUCGACCUUCUCAUCAACGUUUCCUUACCCCUAGAAAUACUGCACUGCUAGUUUCGAGUUCUCUGGUUUUCUUUGUUGUUCUGGUCUUCGGCAUUUCUUUUAAUGUAUUGCGAAGAUCGGCCAAAUAUGAAGUUCAAUCGCCAAUGAUUUACUCUAUUGAGGUGGUCAACGAAUUUCCUCACGAUCCUAGAGCCUUCACUCAGGGACUGGUUUAUGCAGACAAUGACACCCUAUUUGAGUCCACUGGCCUUUAUGGAGAGUCAUCAGUUCGAAAAGUAGCUCUCUCUACUGGGAAGGCUGAGGCUCUUCACAAGAUGGAUGACUCUCAGUUUGGGGAAGGAUUAACACUUUUUGGGGAGAGGCUGUUUCAAGUAACUUGGUUGAAGAAAACUGGUUUCAUAUAUGACCGAGAUAAUUUAAGAAAAGUUAAGGAAUUCACUCAUCAAAUGAGUGAUGGUUGGGGAUUGGCAACAGAUGGAAAGGUUUUGUUUGGAAGUGAUGGGACAUCAACUUUAUACCAAAUUGAACCAGAGACAUUUACAGUUACUAAUAAAUGGGUUGUGAGAUAUCAAGGAGAUGAGGUGCAUAACCUCAAUGAGCUGGAAUUUGUCAAUGGAGAAAUCUGGGCAAAUGUUUGGAUGACUGAUUGCAUCGUCAGAAUCUCAAUACGUGAUGGAAGUGUGCUUGGAUGGGUUCUCCUCCCAACUCUGAGACGGAAAUUGUUGCAAGGCGGGAGACAAAUUGAUGUUCUAAAUGGAAUUGCAUGGGAUAGCGGCAAGAAUCGCCUUUUCGUGACAGGGAAGCUAUGGCCAAAGCUCUUUGAAAUCAGAGUGCAGCCAUCGAAGGAGCAUUAUGGUGUUGGAACGAUAAAGCAGCUUUGUUUGCGAGAGGCAGUACAUUUUCACUAGCUUCGCUCUAGAUGGCCAUUUCCAUGAACAAGAAGGUCUACAUCCGUCCGACCCAAUCAAACAAAUACGAUACACUCAAUUAACUCAACAUUUUUCUCAGGUAAUCCUCUGCCUGCACUUGGCAUGAUAGUGAAAUCGACCACUUGUUUACACCAUGUUUGUAGUUUCAACUACAUUACUAAAGUUACAUAGUUAUAACUUCAUAAAUAAACAGAGUCAGAGGCAGGUAAUAUUUGCAGGAUUUGAAACGUUAUGGGGAUCUUUGAGCUUUGGACACUUUGGAUUUCAUGUAGCUUUAGUUUAUAGCAUACCACUGUAAUUUUUUGGUUGUAAUAUGUUCUAAUGGCCUCACAUCUAUGACCAGUCUUUUAAUUUUUAUUUAUUUAAUUAAUUUCACAAUAAGGUCAGCCUUAG